AUGAAUCUGAUGGGGUCGAAUCCAAAUCACGAGUUGCGCGAACUGUAUACGUCUACCCUGCGCUCACAGCUUCAAGCCAUCAUUGGCAGCGAGAAGCUCGGCCCGGCUGCAUCCACACACCCCGCUGUGCUUGAGCACUACCAUUUCACCGAGCUUCUCAUUCUCGAGUCGUCCCUAUGUUCUCCACCUCAAACCACUGAUCCAGAUUUGAAGAGAUUUGAGAUCUACCAAGGGCAACUGAACUCGGUCAGAGCAUGGCUCAGCACUUUCUACACAACGGACGUCCGAUUGUACGGUGACAUGGCGCUUUUCAGCUACUCUGAGCUGGUCCGGGUGAUGGUAUCCCUGCACAAGUUGAAUACACUGGAUGACACUGCUUGGUCGCGGUCUGGUGUUAGGCAAACGCUGGAUCUGAUUCCGACCCUGGACAAACUCAUUGCGGUCUUCGAGCAAUUGAGAGCUGCCAGUGUACUGUGGUCUCCUGUCUGCGGGACAGGCGAAGACGAGGCGUUUACGUGGGCUAUCAACGUUUUUCAAGGCAUGAGUAAGGCAUGGAAGGAUGAAAUGACGGGGCUCGAGGACUUUGGCAGCGGCAACGUGGAGGUUGUAUCACAUAGCUUGAUGGCCAUGCCUACGUACAACGCUACCGAUGCGUGGUGGUCAGAUCUAUUCAAUAUCUGA